AUGGUGCAUACUGGUGAUGAACCAUAUGAGUGUGGGAAAGCAUUCAAUCAACUUGGAACUAUGACGGCUCAUAAGAUGGUGCAUACCGGUGAAAAACCUCACAGUUGUUCAGAGUGCGGGAAAAACUUCAGUCAUCAUAGGGAUAUGAAGAGGCAUAAGUUGGUGCACACAGAUAUUAAACAUCACCAGUGCCUUGAGUGUGGGAAAACAUUCAGCAAUAUUAAGGGUUUGAAGACUCAUAGGUUGGUGCAUUCGGGUGAUAAACCUCAUACAUGUCCUGAGUGUGGAAAGAGAUUCGGGGAACUCGGACAUAUGAAGAGGCAUAGGAUGAUACAUAUAGGUGAUAAACCUUACAAGUGUCCUGAUUGUGGGAAAAAAACCAGUCAACCUAAAUAUAUGGAGGAUCACAAGAGUGUACAAAUGGAUGUUAAACCUCACGAAUGUCUGGAGUGUGGAAAAAGAUUCAGUCGCCUAGGAGAUGUGAUAAGUCACAAGAUGGUGCAUACAACUGAUAAACCUUAUAAGUGUGCCGAAUGUGGGAAAACAUUCAGUCUACUUAGAUAUUUGAGGACACAUAUUAUGGUGCAUACAAAUGAUAAACCUCAUGAAUGUCCCGAGUGUGGGAAAAGAUUAAGUCAACUUCGAUUGAUGAAAAAUUAUGGGCUGUUGCAUAUGGUUAAUAAAACUCAUGAGUGUCCCGAGUGUGGGAAAAGUUGUAGGAAAUCUGGGUAA